CGUUCAUCCCCGAUCUCAAGCCUCGCCAUGAGAAGCAUGUAUCACCUGGCAAUAAUUGUCCACUUCUUAUCCUGUGUCAGUAGCUUCAUUAAUGGUGAAGUUCUAAUUAACGAGAUGGAAAUGAGACAAGGAAAACGAGGGAAUAUUACAAUCUUGUACACGAUACGUAACAAAUUGGCAGAUCCCAAGUUUGAAUAUGAACAGAAUGUGACGUCAAAGGCUGGUCAACCAUUCAUCAGGUUCAUGGAGCAGGCGGCUGAUGACGACAAAAACUUUCAGUUUUCUUCUAAAUACUAUGCUAAACUUGGGUACUUCAUUGAAAUAUUAGGAAAGGACAGAGCAGGUGUCUUCGGAUUGGCUUACUGGCAAUUCAUAAAAGCGCCAUGUACAGUUUUGCCCGUGGGUGUGAGCAGCUACAUUCCAAAGGACGGUGACCAUCUAAUCUUCGAUUAUGUUCUACAAGGCAACUGCAGUACCUGUAAACCACCGAUCUUGUAAUUCAAAUGAAUCACAAAGGAAACAAAGCAAAAAGAUUUCAAUAAACUGUAUUGCAAUCAAUUCAUUCAAUUCUUGUAUCUUUUCUUUAUAUGUUACAUGGGUAGAGGGUUAAAUUUGUAACUACACAUUGGUAUUUUAAACAUUUCAAUGCAUUGUAAAGAAAAGGCGCUAUAGUUAGUAUCUUUCAUUUUAUAUUUUAAAUCUAACUUUUUAAAGAAACUAUGAAAUAAAUAAAUCCCUUAAAUGUUGAAAGUACAAAGUAAUACACACUUUAUGUUAAUUUAGACUUGAACUUCGCAAAAUUCUGUAAAAUAAUUUCAAGUGAUGUUUAUCCGAGUAUUCCAAUCAUUGUCUUCGAUAAAUGCAUAGGGGUGUAUUUAUUUACUGGUAAAUUUCGCUUUUAUGAAUUACUCAAUUUUAUUGAAGUCAUAUUUAAGUACUAUUCUCAAACAUCUUGUAUGUGUAUCAAACAAGACAGUCUUCUGUAUUUUCCUUUGCUUUCUGUGUGACCAUAUACAGAACUGAACUAAAUUGUUUAAGCAAUUGCCCUAUAAAGUCACAUCAUUCUAUGUAGAACAUCACUCUACAGCUAUGCUAAGAUACAUUAGUAUUUUCAAAUAUCAAUUUUGCCCUUACGAUUGCACUUUAUAUAUUUUUUCUUAUUUUAUUAUGGUCAAAAUUUAAUUGUAACGUUAAAUUCACAGUAACAUAUAUCUUGCAGAGAUAAUUUACUGUUUGUUCUAGAAUGCAAUCACUAAAUGGCGAUUUUGCUUGCUGAAUUCAGAAUUCCAACAUUUCGUCUGUGAUUUUAAAAAGAGGGAAUGGAGAGAGAUCACCGUUCUUUUAUAAGUACUAGAUUUGCUCUUAAUGAACCAUGAAAGAAAGAGAUAUCUCUUGAAUCCAAUUCAAAACGUCUUAUCUGUGAAAUUUACUGAAUCUGGUUCUAGGUGAUUCUGUGUCUCUCGUAAAACCAACUCUCAUGUGGAUAUUAGAAGUGCUUCCAAGUCAUUUUAUACAGAAACAUAUUAUUUCAACCUGAAACUCGUCUUCGAUUCUCCUCCAAAAAGUUAUUAAUUACAUUCUUCAAGAAUACUUUAUUUGAUUUCCAUGAAUUGAUAGUGGACUUUUUCUACUGGCGAAGCCUAUGCUUAACAUUAGAUUUUAAUAGACUUUCUACGAAUAAACAUACAACAAAAAUUUC